AUGGCACGAAACAGCGAGAAGGCACAGUCUAUGCUGUUCCGUUUCCGAGCGCAGCAAGCAGCAGACCUUGGAAUUAUUGACAUUUCACGCACACGACGCCCAAAGGCCAUCACAACCAUCGACACGGUGCCAACAUGCGAGCGUUGGCGCGGUCAGGUCGUUAAAGAGAUUUCCCGCAAAGUAUCGCGCAUCCACGAGCAGAGUCUGAGCGAUUACCAGAUCCGCGAUCUCAACGAUGAAAUCAACAAGCUCAUGCGGGAGAAAUGGGCUUGGGAAAUGCAGAUUCGUAAUCUGGGCGGACCAAAUUACAUGCGCGGAUCCAAUCGGGUUUACGAUGAUGAAGGGCGCGAGAUCCCGGGCGGAGGCAAAGGGUACAAAUACUACGGUCGUGCCCGGGAAUUACCUGGUGUUAAGGAAAUGAUUGAGGCUGCGGUCCGUCGUGCGAAGGGUCCAGCUGAGGAGGAGACUGCUGGCAGAGGAGGAGAUAUUGCCACGAGGAAGGUUGAUGCCAACUACUUCGGCUAUGGCCUUGACGAAGAAGAUGGAACGCUGCUGGCAUAUGAAAAGCAGCAAGAGAAGGAGGCAGUGGAGCACUUGCGUGGUCAAGGGGAGGAUGACGCCGAAGACGGAUGGCAAUCUCUACCCGGUGAUGCUGGCGACGGAGUGGAAUGGAGACUUCCUACAUUAGAAGAGGUGCAAGAAGAGCUUGUGGAUAGACGGCGGCGCCGUCUCCUGGAUAAGAUUUCUUGA